CAACAGCCAACCAGGAGUUCCACCGAUUCGGCGAAACUCCUGGCGCAACAUCAAUUAAAUAGUGCGUUAAAAACAUCAUCGCCAGGACAUCAUUCAUUGCCAAGGAAAAAAUCUCUUGAUUGUCGAAAUUCAACAAAAUCACAUUUUCAACGUAAUCAACCAUUGAGACGUAGCGCAAUGUCACCGACACAGCAUCAUCAACAACAGCAGCAGGAGGCAUCACUUCUUUUUGAAUAUUUUGUGCCACGAAGUGUUAGUGAAUUUAAUCUCGCAGCAGCAAUUAGUGAAAUUGCCGUGCCCCCACCUCCACCAUCGGUAUUAAGGCCCCAAGUGACAAUAGUGCCCCCAACAAAUUCAAAUUCAAUUAGUGGAACAACAAAUUCUGUUGGUACUAGAAAUCGUGAAAAAAUGGUAACAUUCGAGGAGGAUAUUAAUUGUUCUUCAAUGACGAGAAAACAUUUAAGUGUCGCCAAUAACGUCUUUAUGUGACGUUGCAGUGCCGCUUAAAAUAGACUAUAAAGUUUUAGAAAAAGAACUGAAAAAAAAUACUCGGAAGAUUAAUAUACGUAGAGGGACAAUAAAGAAGACGGAUGUUGCAAAAAAAAAAGAACGAAAGGAAGGAAAUAGUAAUUGGAAAGGAAGAAUAACAUCGAGAGGAAAAUAAAACACAAAAGUGGAAAACUUGUAUUGAUUGCUGAGAAGCUAAAACAAGAGAUAAAGAACCGAAAAGAAAAAAAUCCCGAGAAGAAUAGAAAAUGAAGAUUAGAAUUUAAAAAAAACCUGAAAAAGAAACAGUUAUUCUUUUAAGGAAGAGAAAAGAAAAAACGAAGAAACAAAAAUUUAGAAUUAUAUAGAAAAAGAAGAAUAUAAGAUAUGUGAUACAAGAUUAAAAAAAAAAGGUUGGAAAAAAUCAAAAGAAGAUUUGACAAAAAGUAUUAAAAUUUAAAAAUAUAAUAUCACGAUAAAAAUUAUGCAAAAAGAAAAGGAUGAAUGAUUCCUAAAAGAACCAAUUUAAAAAAAGAUAAUUUUAUAUGAAAUUAAAUUUGUAAAUAUCACCAAGGUUGUUAUAUAUAAAAAAAAAGUUACCACAAUUUUUACAUGAUUCUUACGAUAACAGGGACUCAUUCGAAUCCAAAAUAAUUUUCAAAUCACAAAAAAAAAAACUUUAUUUUCAGCUAUAGCAGAAUCAAGUUAGUGCACUUUUUUACCAUCACUCUGAAAAAAAAUUAUAUCUUAGCCAAAAUAACUUAAAUAACUGUUAAUCAAAAAAAAGGAAAAAAAAACAAAAAAAAAAAGAAAAGAAAA